AUGCAAAACAAUACCCAAACCCCACCACCAAUGGACGUAUUGAAUGCCAAGGUGAAGACCUAUGUGAAACAACUUACAGAUUCAACUCUCAAGGAAAUAGUUUCUGAUUUCCAAGAGUUUCGUUUAACUCCUGCAACAGUAGUGGUUUCACUUACCACUAUAGCUGCCAUCAUAGUAGUUGCUCGGUUAUUUGGAAGUAGUAACACACCCAAUCAAAGUAGACCCAAGAAGAAAAAGAAGAAGCUUACCAAAGCUCAAAGGGCCAACAAUGAGAUCCAGGCGAUCUUGGAUCAUGUGGAAGAAGUUUACGUUAAAGAGAUUGAAGAGUUCUUGAAUAACUUCUCUCAUUUAACCAAAGAUGAAAUGGUUUACAAAUACAAAUAUUUUGAAGAAAUGCUUCUUAAGGAAUUGAUGAAACUAGAUGGCAUUGAUGUUUCUGAUAGUAGCAAGUUAAGGGAAAACCGUAAGAAGGUUAUUAAGUUUGUUCAAGAUCACCAAAAACGACUUGACCAGUUCAAAGAAGAAGCUUUAUUUUAA